AUGCGUGAAAUCGUACACAUCCAGAUUGGCCAGUGUGGUAACCAGAUCGGAUCCAAGUUCUGGGAGGUGAUUGGCGAGGAGCAUGGCAUCAACCCUGAAGGGCGUUACCAUGGCGACUCGACCCUGCAGCUGGAGAGGAUCAGCGUGUAUUACAAUGAAGCCCACGGUAAGAAAUACGUGCCCCGAGCUGUCCUGGUGGACCUGGAGCCCGGGACGAUGGAUAGCAUCCGAUCCGGCAAGCUUGGAGCCCUCUUUCAGCCUGACAGUUUCGUCCAUGGUAACUCCGGGGCUGGCAACAACUGGGCCAAAGGCCACUACACCGAGGGGGCCGAGCUGAUCGAGAGCGUGAUGGACGUGGUGAGGGGCGAGAGCGAGAACUGCGACUGCCUGCAGGGCUUCCAGAUCGUCCACUCGCUGGGCGGAGGCACGGGCUCGGGCAUGGGCACCCUGCUCAUGAACAAGAUCCGGGAGGAGUACCCCGACCGCAUCCUCAACUCCUUCAGCGUCAUGCCCUCGCCCAAGGUCUCGGACACGGUGGUGGAGCCCUACAACGCCGUGCUGUCCAUCCACCAGCUCAUCCAGAACAGCGACGCCUGCUUCUGCAUCGACAACGAGGCCCUCUACGACAUCUGCUUCCGCACCCUGAAGCUGACCACGCCCACCUAUGGGGACCUCAACCACCUGGUGUCCCUGACCAUGAGCGGUAUCACCACCUCCCUGCGCUUCCCGGGCCAGCUCAACGCCGACCUGCGCAAGCUGGCCGUGAACAUGGUGCCCUUCCCGCGCCUGCACUUCUUCAUGCCCGGCUUCGCCCCGCUCACAGCCCGCGGCAGUCAGCAGUACCGCGCCCUCUCGGUGGCCGAGCUCACCCAGCAGAUGUUUGAUGCCCGCAACACCAUGGCAGCCUGCGAUCCCCGCCGAGGCCGCUACCUGACAGUGGCCUGCAUCUUCCGAGGGAAGAUGUCCACCAAGGAGGUGGACGAGCAGCUGACCACCGUGCAGACCAGGAACAGCGGCUGCUUCGUGGAGUGGAUUCCCAACAACGUCAAGGUCGCCGUGUGCGACAUCCCGCCCCCGGGGCUCAGCAUGGCCGCCACCUUCAUAGGCAACAACACGGCCAUCCAGGAGCUCUUCGCCAGGGUGUCGGAGCAGUUCUCGGUGAUGUUCCGAAGGAGGGCAUUUGUGCACUGGUACACCGGGGAGGGGAUGGAUGUUUGUGAGUUUGGAGAGGCCGAGAGGAACAUCCACGACCUGGUGUCCGAGUACCAGCAGUUCCAGGAUGCCAGGGUGGCUCUGGAGGAAGAUGACGAGGUCGUGGCGGGGCAGGAGGCUGAGCCAGGAGACGAGGGACAUUAA